AUGGUAGAGCUUAAAGGUGUUGGAUCGAGCAUAGCCAAAAAUCUCGCCGCUGAAGUGCUAAAAGUCCUAAAUAAAUAUAAUAUAAACUUAAGCCAAAUAGUGUCAAUUACAUAUGACAAUGGUGCCAACAUGCUUAAGACAACAAAUAUAUUAUCAUUUGCUUUCGAUGAAAAUCUUGGCGAGGACGACGAAUAUUGUUCAAACGAUGAAUAUUUAAAAAUAAUUGAAAAUAUUGAAAAAAUGCCAAACGUGUUAAUAGGGAAUAUUCAAGUUUGUCGUUGUGCUGCACAUACAGUUCAACUGGUUGCUCUCGAUGUUACCAAAUCGUCGGAUAUGUUGAAAUACCUAUUUAAUUGUCGCAACAUGACGAAAUUUAUAAGAAAAACUUCAAAUGGAUUUCGCGAAAUAUUCGAGCUGAAACAGCUAAAAAUGCCGCAACUAGAUUGUCCGACCAGAUGGGGAUCCACCUACAUGAUGCUAAAGGAUUUGUUAGUGGCUAAAGAUGAAUUAACUGAAAUUGAGUCAACUGAAAACAAAAUCGAAGAAGACAAUUUUGAAGUGGAUGCAUCGUUGUGGGAUUUUAUUGAAAACUAUUGCUUAGUUUUCAGUCCAUUGCAGAAAACAAUAAAAAAUUUCAAGAAGAGCAAUUGCAUUAUGGAAAUUUUUACGCCCAAUGGCUAA